CUUCUGUUGUUACAUUUGGUGUCGCUGCCUACCGACAAAUGAAAAGCCUAUACCCUGCAGUUUUUGAUGGAGACAUAUGGAUCUUCGGGCAGGACUUCAAGGCUUCUGCGCAGUUGAGUGGCGUUCAAGAUCUGUCAGCGAUGGAGCUGCUACUUGAGACGCUGCUGGGAGGUCGGGCGAAAGCAGCAUAUGAAGGUGUGGGCCGAAGUAUGGACGAAUGUUCGACAGGGUCAGGCAAACAGUUUCCAAAGUGGGAAGGACCAUAUAUGGUCACUUCGAGAUGGGGUUACGCAGACACAGUCGCAAUGGCGAACAAUAAGAGGCGCGUGAACGUCAGCGAGCUCCAGAAAUGGAUACAGCGAGACAAGCCAACGAUGACGCCUGCACCAAGUAGAUCAAGCCGACUUCAGUCGCACGUAUUUGACGGGGGGACGAGUGUGGUGAGAGCAGGCUGCUAGCCGAUUGGUUGGCACUAAUCUACGUUAAGGUCUAGGUCACUAAUAUGGGCCGUGAGAAAAUAUGAACAAGCCUGAGUCAACAACCAAUCACAGCAAAGUUAACGUGGCAGAAUAUGAUUCGCAGAGAGAACUCUAUUUGUCCAGGAAUCCCGAAACAA